AUGACGAUUGUGUCCAAGGAUGCCGACGGUGGGUUGGAGAUACUGUAUGGAGCAACGAACGGAGCAAUAGAGCAGAUCGAUCGAAUUGAUCAAGAUCGGUUCGUGGUGAGUGAUGUUUGUGAUUGCGAGUUGGAGUUGCUGGAGUCUGAAAUGUGGUUGCUUGCUUCAAUGUCUACCAGAGACGAGAUGGAUGAAGAGUUGAAGAGUUGA